AGAAGAAGAAGAAGAAGAAGAACCGACCGAGAGACAGACAGGACGACGGACAGAGUGGAGGACAGACGGACGGACAGCCGGGGAGGAUGGGCCGGCGGAGCGGCCGUCGGUAGCGCUCUGUUUUCGGGGACGGAGCUCCAGGAUGAGCGUAGCGCUGCAGGACCUACGGAACACCAUGUCCAACUAUAAGCGAGCUACGUUGGAGGAGGAGGAGAUGUCGGAUGCUCCGGCUGAGGCAGCCUCGUCUCCCGACAGACUGGAGAUUGGUUUCAGGAAGGGAGGUGUGGACAUCCUGGGCAGGAGGACUCAGCUGGAGGUUCUGCUCUCAGUCCUGCUGCUGGCUGCCCUGCUGUCUCUGCUGGCCUGUCUGCUGGUCCUGGGACUGGGAUUCAGCUCAGACGGCGGGCAUGGCCUGUGCCUGUCAGAGGCGUGCGUCACAGUGGCCAGUCAGAUGGUGGAGGCGAUGGACCGCAGCGCCGACCCCUGCCAAGACUUCUACCAGUUUGCCUGCGGCGGCUGGAUGAGGAAGAACCCGCUGCCUGACGGCCGAUCGCGCUGGUCCACCUUCAACAGCAUCUGGGAGCAGAACCAGGCGCUGCUGAAACACCUGCUGGAGAACGGGACUUUUAACGGCAGCAGCGAGGCCGAGAGGAAGACUCAGUCCUACUACUUGUCCUGUCUCAACACGCAGAGGAUCGAAGAGCUGGGGGCUCAGCCUCUCAUAGACCUCAUCGCCAAGAUCGGGGGCUGGAACAUGACGGGUCCCUGGGAGAAAGAGAACUUCAUGGAGGUCCUGAAGGUGGUUUCUGGUCCGUACAGAGCUCAGCCUUUCUUCAGUGUCGGAGUCGGUGCUGAUCCCAAAAACUCCAACAGCAACAUCAUCCUAGUGGACCAAUCAGGGCUCUUCCUGCCUUCCAGGGAUUAUUACCUCAACAAGACAUCCAAUGAGAAGGUGCUGGUGGCGUACCUGGACUACAUGGUGGAGCUGGGGAUGCUGCUCGGGGGGGAGAGGAGCUCCACGCAGCUUCAGAUGCAGCAGAUUCUGGAGUUUGAGACGGCGCUCGCCAACAUCACCGUCCCACAGGACCAACGCCGCGACGAGGAGAAGAUCUACCACAAGGUCACCAUCGCUGAACUACAGCUGCUGGCCCCGGCUGUGGACUGGUUGGACUACCUGUCGUCCUCUCUGUCUCCUCUCGAGCUGAACGACACCGAACCUGUCGUCCUGUAUGCCAGAGAGUACCUGCAGCAGGUGUCCGACCUCAUCAACAAGACCGACCGCAGUCUGUUGAAUAACUACAUGAUGUGGACAUUGGUUCAGAAGAGUGUGGCCAGUUUGGAUCAGCACUUCGAGAACGCUCAGGACAAACUGCUGGAGAGUCUCUACGGAACCAAGAAGUCCUGCAUCCCGCGCUGGCAGACCUGUAUCGGGAACACUGACGACACUCUGGGCUUUGCUCUUGGAGCGCUCUUUGUUAAGGCAACGUUCGACAAACACAGCAAAGAGAUUGCCGAGGAGAUGAUCAAUGAGAUCCGCUCAGCGUUUAAAGAAGCUCUGGACCGACUCAGCUGGAUGGACGGCCAGACCAGACAGGCUGCAAAAGAAAAGGCAGAUGCAAUCUACGAUAUGAUCGGAUUCCCAGAAUUCAUCCUGGACUCCAAAGAGCUGGACGACGUUUAUGACGGGUAUGAAGUGUCAGACGACAGCUUCUUCCAGAACAUGUUGAACUUCUACAACUUCUCAGCCCGAGUGAUGGCUGACCAGCUGAGGAAGACUCCAAACAAAGACCAGUGGAGUAUGACUCCUCCUACAGUUAAUGCCUACUACAUGCCCACUAAGAACGGCAUCGUCUUCCCUGCUGGGAUCCUACAAGCUCCUUUCUACGCCCACGACCACCCCAAGGCGUUGAACUUUGGUGGGAUCGGUGUGGUGAUGGGUCACGAGCUCACUCACGCCUUUGAUGACCAGGGUCGUGAGUACGAUAAAGAAGGUAACUUGAGGCCGUGGUGGCAGAACUCGUCUGUGGAGGCAUUUCGCCAGAGAACAGAGUGUAUGGUGGAUCAAUACAGCCACUACACCGUCAACGGAGAACACAUCAAUGGAAAACAGACACUCGGAGAAAACAUCGCUGACAACGGAGGACUGAAGGCUGCGUACCAUGCCUAUCGGUCUUGGGUCCAGAGAAACGGAGAGGAAAAGAGACUUCCUGCUGUCAACCUGACCAAUGACCAGCUCUUCUUUGUGGGAUUUGCACAGGUGUGGUGUUCAGUUCGAACACCAGAGAGCGCUCACGAGGGCCUGGUGACCGACCCCCACAGCCCCCCCAGAUACAGAGUCAUCGGCACGCUCGCCAACUCCCCGGACUUCAGCCGCCACUUCAACUGUCCCGUAGGGACGCCCAUGAACACCGGGAGGCGCUGUGAGGUGUGGUAGACAGACUGAAGAGGACUACAUCUGGGGCGGGGGGGGGGCAGGGCUAACUAGGUCGGUCUGCUAGUUGGGAAACUUGUCUGUUAUUUUACAAAAAUCUAUUUUCGUUGAUUAACAGGUGGGUUUCUGAGUUGGCAGGUGUCUUGGUUAGCAGAGCUGAGUUUGUUCAUUACCAGCAGGUUGUUAGAGGCGAUCAGGUGUCCCAGUUGUAAUCUUCAGUCUCACACCACCAAUAGAAAUCUGUUCAGUAGAAACGAUCAGACUGACUUCCUGUCUGGAAACUAGAAGGACUCAGUGGACUUCACACAGACACACGAAGGACUGAUGGUGAUGAAGAUGAUGAAGCCACGUGGGACGAUGUUGCUGAUUUCUGCUUUAUCACCGUUAUUGGUUAUUAUUAUUAUUAUUAUUAUUAUUAUGAUUUAAUGGGCUUUGUUUCGUGUGUGUGUGUGUGUGUGUGUGUGUGUGUGUUGUCUGUCGUAUGAAAGACCUCUGUAACUCCGUCUCUCUCUCUCGCUCUCUCUGAUGACAUCACUGUGAUGACCUCAUACGAAGCUGAACCGUUACGUCAUGAUCCCAGUAUCAGGGCAAGCCGUCGUCUGAUUGGCUGGUGACCUUCAACUGACAAAACUUACAUCAUUUGGUUAAUCCAGGACUCAGUAGACCUGCUCCAGGACAGAGUUGUCCUAAGCCCUGAUCCAGGACUAUCUGACCACAUGUCUCAGUUCUGGAUCAGCAUCUCCCAGAAUUUGGAAAUUUCAGUCACUUCAGUGAUAAAAUUUAUUCUUUGAAGGAGAAAUGUGCUAAACGACUUUUAAAUUGGGGGAAAAAAAAAGAGAGCCAGGGGACUAAAUCAGGGGAUGAUGAUUUAGACCGAGACGGGUCUGUUCCAGUAAAGUCUACGGAGAGCCAUAGUGGAACCGGAACUCCCAGCUUCUGUUCCAGAAGUAAGAGAACCUCAUUCAAGAUCCCAUCCACAUUUCUAACUACGCUAAUAGCUGAAAAUCCGGAGGCUUCUUCGGCAGCUUGCCAUGUGCCUUGCUGCAUGUGCCUCGACAAUGACUCGUCUUUUGAAAAUUGAUCUCAUACUGUCGUUUAUUCAGUAUUGAUGUUUUUAGAGGCCAUUUCCCACAAGCCCCUAGACGUUCAGGGGACACACGUCACGGCUCGACAGCAGAGGCCCGUCCAUGAGCGAGCACAGCAGCAGACACGCUGGAGGUUUUUUAGACGGCAGAGGUUACAACCGGGAAGUCGGAAAAAGCUUUAGAAGAGAGCGUCAGUGAGUUUUACGGACGUGGACCAAAGUUUGAAAUCACAAAGGUUUCAUUCUUUUACAGCAGCCGCUGUAGCGGAGCUGACCGGUCACCAGGGGCACGAUCCGUUUUUACGCGAGGACUGAUUAAAUAACCGCUGAGCGAGUCAUUGCUCUGAGCUACGGAAGCUAGCCGGGAAGUGACGUCAGGACUUCGGCUCUCUGUACGAACUUGUGGAAGUUUGUACUGACCUCGGUGGAUGAGACCUGUCUCGGUCUGAAUAAGGUUUUUGUGCUACUUACAGAUGCUUCAGGAUAGCUGAUCAUUGUCACUAGGGAAAAGGAUCCAUUCAAAUCCCCCUGAUCAAGUCUUAAUUUACCAAACGUCUUAAAAACACCCUUAGUGCUGGUUGGUUUGUGUUGGGGUUCUGAAAUGUUCUCAGCUGCAAAGUGAUGAUAUUUCAAUUGAUUUUUGAGUAUUCAGGUUUUCAAUGUUUAUACCCAAAAUUUCAACAAAUGAAUUGAAGGAUUUCUUUAUGGAUUAAAGGGUUUUAAAAGGCGGAAACGCCUUUGAAAUGUACAAAACUAUAUUACAGGUAGUGCUUAAUUCGUACCUAAAACUUGAAAUUAAUGCACAAUUUUGGGGUUGAUUUAUGGCUAAAUGAAUGCCAUGUGAUCAUUGAGAGGUUGUUAAUGGAUUACUGUACAGUUUAAAAACCAAAACAUUCAAAAUACCUUAAUAAGUUAGCGUCUGCUAUUUUUUCCCAAAAAUUCCCAUGAAAAACACUUGACUGAGAUCUCUGUUAUUAAUGGGUGACCGAUAAGAUUUAGUUUCUCCGUGCAGGUGAUGUACGAACGAAACACGCUGUAGUUUAGUCAGUCGUCUUGUGCGCCCAUCAGCCGGCGUACGCUUCAAACCACUACAUGUUAGCUCGCUGUCGCCGCUAACCACCGUGCUGGCGUUGUCAUGGCAACCAGCUGUUGCUGUCAGUGACAUAAGUGCCCGCAAAAGUGAGGAACGAGAGACGCCUUAAAAGCUCGAUUUUUAAAAUACAGGAAUGAAUUUGGACAGUUGCCUUAAAAAUGUAAGAUUAUCGCCUUAAAAAAGUGGAACUUUCAUCACUAUGGGCUCUGAGGUCUGACGUGACCUCGUGACCUGAUGAAGAAACUCCCAUGAAUCCUCCCUGUGAUUCAGGCCUAUUUUUACAGUGUAACCUCUGUCAUGGGACCGAGAUCCGACUCCGUGAAAUGCAUCUGAUCGUGACCUGACCCUCACGGUGCAUUCGGGGACACAAAUUAGGGCGGGGCGUCCAGUAUCAAGAAUGAGCAUGGGGCGUUCAGGGACUAAAACGAUGGCGGGGUGCUUGGGAGCCGCAAUGAGUGUGGGGCUUUAAGUUCACUUAAAUAAGCGUGGAGCGUUUACGAAAGUAAACGGGGGGGUCGACCGUUUCUGGUUUUAUCCUGUGUAAUGUGUCAUAGUGAGUAAAAAGUCACUGAGUUACAUGGUUAUAGUUUUAUUCAUUAGUUUGUGACUAAAAGUAAAAGUUUUUUUGUUUUGUUUUAACCUUCAGUUUUUUCUUUUAAAUAAAAACUCUGAACACAUGAAUCUCUCUGUCAUCGGAGCCUCGACGGUAAACAGCUGGACCAGUAAUAAAAAUAGCAAAUGGAGAAACAGGAUAAUUAUACGAUAGAGAAAUAAAGUAUGUUACAUUUAAUACUGAAUAAAUAUGAGUUGUGAUAAUUUAAAGAGUGUCAGUGUAAAAGUCUUUCAGUUACGGACGAAACCCUCAUCAAUUCAAAGAACAAACGUUAGUUUAAAGACUUGUUACCUCAGCCUUCAUUACCCAUAGUCCUUUGGUGUUACGGUUCAGAGCGGGCCCCUGACUCUGACAGCAGGUGGAGCUCUCAGGCUGUUCAACUGGACUUCAUCAACUGAAAUAUUCAGAUAUUAAAGUUGGUAUUGUGACAACACUGCACACUGUAUACUCUCCGUCUGUGUGUGUGUGUGUGUUUGUUCAGUGGAAG